AGGGGGCAGGCACAGGUAUAGGUAAGAGCAGAGUAUAUCUGUAUGUGAGAGGGUGGAGUGCCAAUGUGUGAAUGCACAGCUAUCUGUGUGGCUGCCCAGAGGAGCAGCAGCCCAGUACAACACAGCAGCGUACACGUGUGAGGGCAGCUUUGCUUGAAUCAGGUCUGGUGGUGCUUCAAGAGACCUUGUUAAGGUCCCUUGCAACCAUGGUGAAGUCUAGAAGGGUGCAGGUGCUUCUGAUCCUGGUGGUUAUGUCCUUCCUUCUGAUCUACUUUCUACCGUGCAGCAACAAUGCCCCCAAGGAAGAAAAACCCUCUCCGGUCCACAUCCUCAUUCUCUCCUCCUGGCGGUCAGGAUCUUCCUUCACUGGACAAAUCUUCAGCCAGCACCCCAGUGUCUUCUACCUGAUGGAGCCUGCGUGGCACGUGUGGGUUAAGAUGUACCAGAACAGUGCCAAAGUCUUACGCAUGGCGGUGCGGGACCUAGUCCGGUCAGUGUUUCUGUGUGACAUGUCUGUGUUUGAUGCUUACAUGUCUAGCCAGAAGAAAAAGUCUGAUUUAUUUCAGUGGGAGUCAAGCCGAGCAUUGUGCUCCCCCCCAGCCUGUGACUUGUUCAGUCGCAGUGACAUAAUCACUGCAGACAACUGCAGAAUAAUCUGUGGCGAGUACCCAUUCAGCAAGGUGGAGGAAGCCUGUAAAACCUACAGCCAUGUUGUCAUCAAGGAGGUUCGGUUCUUUGACCUGAAAGUUCUCUACCCUCUUCUCACUGAUCCAUCCCUGAACCUCAAAAUCAUCCACUUGGUCCGUGAUCCUCGAGCUGUGUUCAGGUCCCGAGAGAAUACAGUGGCAAACCUGAAACGUGACAGUGACAUUGUUGUGGGGUCCCAGGGGACCCAGGGAGAAAUGGGACCCUACAACACAAUGGAAGUGAUCUGCAAAAGCCACGCUGAGAUUUACAAUGCAGGCAGCCAAGCCACUCCCAGCUUCCUGAAAGAUCGCUACCUGCUGGUUCGCUAUGAAGACAUAGUCAGAGACCCCCUAGCAAAGGUUGCUCAGAUGUACAGGUUUGCAGAACUCCAUUUCACACCUGAACUUCAGAAGUGGGUGCACAACAUCACCCAUGGGAAGGGACAGGGAGCAAAAGCCUUUGAUAUUGGGUCCAGAGAUGCGCUGAGAGUAUCCCAGGCCUGGAGGAAGGCCCUUCCCUUCCAGAAAAUAGAGAAAGUGCAAAAUCUGUGCAAGGAUGCGAUGGACUUGCUGGGCUACAGGCUUGUUCAGUCUGAAAAAGAGCAAAAAAAUAUGUCGCUGGAUCUUUUGUUUGCCCGGAACUCCUCUGAGUAACGAAUUCUGAAGGCAGAAAAGCUGCUGUCUGCACCUACUCUCUGAAGGCUGCCAAGUGGAGAACUGUUUACUAAAGCAAAGGAGGGUGGAGGUGCAUGCACAUGUGUGUAAGAGUGUGCACACGGAUGUGCUGUUCAAGGACAAGUGACACAGGAACCCUGACUCAUAAGAGCUUUCUCAGCGGCAGAGGGUCACCCUCCAAGGCCCCUGGAAGCUUUGCCGCAAUGGAGGUGGAAGAAACACAAACCUGUUUUCCAAAUUAAGUCCCUGAUUUACGCAAAAGAGGAAGUAUGUAUAGGGUGGAGCAAAGAGAAUGCUGAAGGAGAGGGACCAGACAGCAGAGCUCAAACCCCUCACAGACCACAGCCAAAUAC